AUUGCGUUCCUUACGGAAUUAGAAAACGUCUCCAGUGCUCUUUGCAACAAAGACGAGCCGCCAUGCAUCAAUCAGUCUUUGCCAGACUGUGAAACAAAAAGAAAUGAGACAUUCAAAUUUGAACCAACGUUAUUGGUUGGAUCGCAAGAUGCUUUUUUCACAGUAGAUCUGUUCAACAUCUCAAGUCGGAGACCCAUCAAAGCUGAGAACGUCUUUUCAUUUGACUUUUCUUGGGAACCUGGCCAGAUUUUCUGGUCGGACAGGAAAAGCAUAAAGAAGCUAUCCCUACAUGAUGGUAUAAGUAAGGACACGCCCUUUCUUUUUGAUGACGGCGACUCAGUGGAGGGACUGUUUGUUCAUUGGGUGGCUAAAAAGUUGUACUGGACUGAUGGACAACAUAAUGCGAUUUAUGUUGGAGAUCCAAAAAGCGGAGUCAAAGUCAAAGUCAUCGACAAUGGCCCUGAUUCACCGACUUUGAAAUCAGUUGUUGUUAGUCACUCGGAAAGUUACAUAUAUUGGACGAGCUGGGCAGCAACACCAAUAAUCGAGCGAGCUAGACUUGACGGUAGCGACCGGGAAGUAUUUAUCAACAAUAGUGUAUAUCUUCCAAACGCCUUGGCAAUUAACGAAGCAGAUAAAAAACUUUACUUGGCGGGAACGGAUGCGAAUAACUACGGAAUUAUUGAAGCUGUUUCAUUAGACGGGUUAAACCGCACCGUGAUUUUCAACCGAACUGGAUUCAUCCCAACUGCUUUGGACUUUUACCAAGACUUUUUGUAUUGGUCGGACUCAAAGAAGAAUGCAGUACUACGCGUUUCUCACCAGGGAGGAGAGGGUACAGUUCUGAUCAAUGGAUUGAGAAACCCAAUAGGAGUAAAGAUUUUCCAUAACCGCAAAGAAAGUUCGGCCACAGAUCCAUGUCUUAAAGACAAUGGCCGAUGUGAUCAAUUGUGUCUCUAUCUGCCGUUCCGUGAACGACACAGAUGUCUCUGUGAAGAGAACUUUUUCUUGAGUGAAAAUGGAAAACAUUGCAGCGAACACCGUCCCAGCGAAGGAGUUACCGAAUCAACACCAACGCCAACCAGUGUGGCCCACUCCUUCCAGACAGGAAUACUAUCGAGUGUCAUCUUACUACUGGUGGUAGUGGGGAUAGUAUACUGUGUGGUUCGCGUCAUCAAAAAAGGCUGUCCGUGUCAAAGACCUCAAGACCUACCGCGCAUACCCAGACAGUCGACAAAUCCUGAUGACAGAACUGAACAGGGUGAAGAUUUACUCGAAAUUACCGACCAAACUGACCUUGAAAAUGCAGGCUCACAGCCACCUAAAGAGUCGUCAAAUCUUAUUGGUCGAGACUACAGUCGUGAGCCGUCAGGGUCAGUUGCAGCAUGCGAGGAUUCAUCACAAACCUCACCCAAAAGUUUGGUGGUGUACUUUGAACAACAUGGUGGCGUGGCAAUUCUAGGAGAUGAUGCCCAACUACACCAUCAUUCUUCUCCUCAGAGUUAACGUAACUAAAAAGUUACAAAGACAUUCCAUGAACUGAUUGGCACAUUUAAAGACUAAAGUCGCCAUUUUAAGAACAUGUCUGCAUUUAGGUUGGAGAACUUCACUGUGAAAUAACUCUGUCACAUCGUUAACUAUUUCUACGGUAUUAUUUAUUUCUUCAUUACCUUGUCUUGAAUAGUUUGUAGCGAUGAUGUGUCUGCGAUUCUAUAUACUCCUCCUUUACCUGUGAAAGAUGUCUCGUUCAAAAUGUUCAAUAAGAUCAACGUUGUACUCAGCACCAACUUUAAGACCUAAAACAUGACUCAACGUGCAGGGCAAUUUUCCACUGAAGAUGGAAAGUAACCUGAAUCGCGUUUACUUCCGUUCUACUGUCGGUGAUCACUUUAUGUUGCUAAAAUAAAUCGCGACGGUCGCUCUCGUUUUUCUCAGCCGCAAAUGUUCUAGCUGUUUAAACUUUGAUUUCUUGUUGACUUCGUUUGAUGUUGACCAUCUGUCCGCUAGAUCAUUCUGAUUGGUCUCGGUUGUGCAACACUUGGUAGAAAUGUCCUUGAUCUCGUGUUUGUGAGGGCUGAUCCUUGUUAGCAGUUGCAGUUUUUCUUUGGAUUUUAAACCUUUUUUUCUCCAACUCUUUAAUGCGACAUGUUCAAAUAAUUUUUAAUGUGAAGUGCUAUUUUCAAAUUGGUCGAUAAACCGUGUAAUAGGAUAUUUCUAUAAAUAUUUUAUCAAUUAGGGUUAUCUUCUGCUAAACGAUUGUGGAGGACUUAUAUAUGAGAUUAAUAGUAAUCGUUUAUUGGUUGUCGUGAAACACUUUUUCACAAAGAACAUUGGGUGGCACACGUAAACAAUAGCUCUGAUCCUCUCAGUGAUGGAUUGUGGCAGAUUCUGACCACUUUA